UCUCUGAAAAACAGAAAUCGCUCAUGGUUCAAAAACGCGCUGAGCGCUGCUGCCAGAUGCUCUUAUUUUUAAAGGUGUAACCGGAAGUAGCCCACAUUGCGCUCAGUCGCUUGACGCUUUGAGCGAAACUUCAGAAUGGAGUAGAGAAGAGGAAAAGCCGUUAGUUUUUAGUGAGGAGAAUGUAAACGUCCAUGUCUUCAGCACAGAUUCUGACCAAACUGAGCUAGUGAGAGCCAUGUCGAGAGAAAACACCACCCGGAGUCUGGACAGCAUCGACCUGGCGGCUUUGAGGGACCCUGCAGGGAUCUUUGAGUUAGUGGAGGUGGUUGGCAAUGGAACCUACGGUCAGGUGUACAAGGGUCGCCAUGUUAAGACGGGUCAGCUGGCAGCUAUCAAAGUCAUGGAGGUCACAGAGGAGGAAGAAGAGGAGAUCAAACUGGAGAUUAACAUGCUGAAGAGUUAUUCCCACCACAGGAAUAUCGCUACUUAUUAUGGAGCUUUUAUUAAGAAAGGUCCUGCUGGACAGGACCACCAACUCUGGUUAGUGAUGGAGUACUGUGGAGCAGGCUCUGUGACAGACUUGGUGAAGAAGACCAAAGGGAACUGUCUGAAGGAGGACUGGAUCGCUUACAUUUGCCGGGAGGUGCUCAGGGGUCUUUCCCAUCUCCAUUCCCAUCAUGUGAUUCACAGAGACAUUAAGGGACAAAACGUUUUGCUCACUGAGAACGCUGAAGUCAAACUGGUGGACUUUGGCGUGUCGGCACAGCUGGAUAAGACGAUCGGCCGGAGGAACACCUUCAUUGGUACGCCCUACUGGAUGGCUCCGGAGGUCAUAGCCUGUGACGAGAACCCUGAGGCCACGUAUGACUACAGGAGCGACCUGUGGUCUUUAGGAAUCACUGCUCUGGAGAUGGCUGAAGGAGCUCCUCCUCUGUGUGACAUGCAUCCGAUGAGGGCUCUGUUUCUGAUUCCACGAAACCCCCCGCCCAAACUCAAAUCAAAGAAAUGGUCAAAGCGUUUCCUGUCCUUCGUCGAUAGCUGUCUGGUCAAGAACCAUUUGCAUCGGCCCACGACGGACACCCUGCUGAGACACGCCUUCAUCAGAGACCUGGCUAAUGAGAGACAAGUCCGCAUCAUGCUCAAAGAUCACCUGGACAGAACCAGGAAGAAGAGAGAGAAAGAGGGUCCAGAGUACGAGUACAGCGAUGGUGAGGAAGAGGAGGAGGAGAUGACCGAGGAGGAAGGAGAACCAAGCUCCAUAGUGAACGUUCCUGGGGAGUGGACGUUAAGACGGGAGUUCCUUCGUUUGCAGACGGAGGACAACGAAGGGGGCAGGGAGAGAGGCCAGGGAGGAGGCGGGGCCAGGCAGAGACAACAGGUUUUACAGCAGCUGGAGGAGCAGGAGCGGUACAAGCAGCAGUUACUGGCCGACAGACAGAAGAGGAUCCAGCAGCAGCACGAGCAGCGGCAGAAGUUAGAGGAGCAGCAGAGGAGACAGCUGACGGACUGCGCCUUCCAGUGGGCGGAGCUUAAGGAGAUCUUACUGGGAGAGGAGUCUGAUCUCAACGAUAACAGAAGCAUCCUGGAUGAUAGGAACCCGAGGAGUAACCAGAGACAGGACCAUGGUGGAAGGAAGCGUAGUGCUGACAUGUCCGUAAGGCCUCAGGACUCAUCUGCAGCACAGAGAGCCGUGGCUCAAAACCAGCUGCUUCAGCACAAGGCCCAGCUACCCCAGCCUAAGCAGCAGCCACAAGCCAAGCCCCAGUCUCUGGCUCAGCAUCAGCAGCCCUCAGCAGGCAGAAGAUCCCACCGCACCCUGCCCAAGGACCAAACUCAGCUUCUUUCACUGCAGCACGACCACAGGCACAGGGAUAGAGACAGGGAGAGAGAGUGGCAGAGGCAGAGAGAGAAGCCUGUGGCAGCUUUCCAGAAGCUAUCAGCUAAUAGUGGGAGCACAGCUGCUGCUGCUGUUACCGCUGCUGCUUCCUCGCCCAGCCGCCCUGCACACAGCCAGCGUUUAGCGAUGGACUUCCAAGAAUCAAACCUAGCCAGGCUCCUUCUGGCUGCUGGUCUUCCCGGACAGUUACACCCUAGGAUGGGCUCUGGGAGCAGCUCUAGUCCGUGUACUCCAGCCAUGCAGAGAGCUCACCUCAGCCAGAAUGCGAAUCUCCGCUCUAGUCGGGACGCCCCACACAGCAGCUCAUUGUCAGAUAUGGCCUUGUCCCCGUUGUCCCCGUUGUCCCUCUGCCCAAUUGAUGACGUCUUCAUGGACUCUGUUGAGACGCCGCCUAAGGUUCCAGAGCGCACUACCUCUAAGUUUUACUGCCGAGAGCUGGUGAUGGGACACAAGAGGGCAGCUUCAAGUGGCAGCCCGAUGUCAGUGACAGAACGGAGUGGAAGGUCUGUUACUGAUGAAGUCUCUCCUAGCAGCAGCAACAGUCCAGGUUACUUCAAGCUGGAGAGUCCUCUUCUACAGAAGCACAGGAAGAUACAAGACAACCUGAUGAGCAAGCAUUCACAGGGUGGAAGAUCUGCCCUGAGUCGACUGAACAAGGCCACAGAAUACUCUUCCUCCAGUGACGAGGUCGGCAGCAGUGAUGAAGAGGACAGCAGAAGGUCUGGCCUGUCUAACGGAAAGAGGAAAUACUUCAGCGGGAUCCCUGAUGGCAUAGUGCUGCAGCCUCACAACAACCUCAACCAGAUUUCUCGGGUAGGUUCAGAUGAUACCUACCUGCUUCCAGACCUUCUGCAGAAAGCGUCUUCCCCAAGUCCGACCCACAAUGCACUGGGCCAGCAGCAAACACGAGAACUCAACUACUCACAGUCGCCCACGGCACUUCGAUCCAACACGCACCAGGAGCUGUUUGCUGUCAGCAGUCCUACAGGCAAAAACAACUCCUCUUCAUCCUCUUCCUCUUUCCUCUCCUUCAUUGAUCCACGGCUGAUCCCCAUAUCGUCUCCUCCACAGAGCCCCACGAGCAGCAAAGACGAACCGCUGAAGAGGGAGAACCAUCGGAAAGGUUCUGUGGUGAACGUGAACCCGACCAACAUCCGACCGCAGAGCGACACUCCUGAGAUCCGCAAGUACAAGAAGAAGUUCAACACUGAGGUUCUCUGUGCCGGACUGUGGGGAGUGAAUCUGUUGGUGGGGACGGAGAACGGCCUGUGGCUUCUGGAUCGAAGUGGUCAGGGAAAAGUCUACUCCCUCAUCAGCAGGCGACGGUUUCAGCAGAUGGAUGUGUUGGAGGGACUCAACGUUCUGAUCACUAUAUCAGGUAAAAAGAACAAGCUGCGGCUGUACUACCUUUCCUGGUUAAGAAAUAAAAUCCUGCACAAUGACCCUGAGGUGGAGAAGAGACAGGGCUGGACCUCGGUGGGGGACCUGGAGGGCUGUGUGCACUAUAAAGUGGUGCGCUACGAGAAGAUCAAGUUCUUGGUGAUUGCUCUGAAGAAUGCUGUGGAGGUUUACGCCUGGGCUCCUAAACCCUACCACAAAUUCAUGGCCUUUAAGUCAUUCAGAUCGCUGCCUCAGAAACCGCUCUUUGUUGACCUGACAGUGGAGGACGGUCAGAGGUUAAAGGUCAUCUACGGCUCCUCGUCUGGUUUCCAUGCCAUUGAUGUUGACUCAGGCACGCCCUAUGACCUCUACCUCCCGACACAUAUCCAGGGUUCCAUCCAUCCUCAUGCCAUCAUCAUUCUGCCGAACAGCGCUGGAACAGAGGUUCUAGUCUGCUAUGAAGACGAGGGCGUCUACAUCGACACGUACGGACGGAUCACUAAGGAUACGGUGCUGCAGUGGGGGGAGAUGCCUGCAUCAGUCGCCUACCUUCAGUCCAACCAGGUGAUGGGUUGGGGAGAGAAAGCCAUUGAGCUGAGGUCGGCCAACACGGGGAACCUGGAGGGAGUUUUCAUGCACAAGAAGGCGCAGAAACUCAAAUUCCUGUGUGAGAGGAACGACAAGGUCUUCUUUGCCUCGGUGCAGUCUGGAGGGAGCAGUCAGAUUUACUUCAUGACUCUGGGACAGAACUCGCUCUUCAACUGGUAAAGACUGGACAUGUGACUCUGGGAUCUGCUGCUCAUGCCUGCCAUGUGUUUCCCUAGUGAAGCUUUUAAUAUUGUGCUGACUGCUGAUUGUACAACGGAUAGCUGACAACAUACCAGAAUCAGCGAGAGGAGUAGCCGAGUCCUCUCGGAUCCAUUCCUCUAAUUCCAUGGAAAGGAGCGCCGAUGAGUGAUGCUGGUACUCGAGCGUCAGCUAAAAUGCUUCACACCUUUAUUUUUCCCACAGAUACUGGAGCCUGAAACAUCCCUGUUUCAUCUGGAACUGAUAAGGACCUGGAUUCAGCUGCCACAUGGACAUAUUUGCAGGAAGAACUCAGUCUCAGCGUAUGUAAUGUGAAAAGCACAAAGAACAUUUAUGAUUGUGGGAAGAAUCCAACCAUCACUGCGUCACUGUGGCAGAAAUCAAGACCUCCUUCUGUGUCGUCUGGGACCCCUGAGAAAGUCCAAACCAGGUUUAACAGUUCCUUUCUGCAGUGUUUUACUUCAUACCUAAUGGAGUCCAGAGGAGAACGGUGUCCUUCUCUGGUGUUCAGUCUGGUUCAGCUUCUUCAUGCAGAGAGGACAUUACGUUACAGUACUGAGGCUCACAUGGAUAGGUCAGACUAGUAUGGGGAAACGUGAGCCCUAACAGAGCUGUUAUUGUGUGUCAUUCCUUAUUUUGUUGCUUUUUUUCCCCAUUUCUGCUAAUGUUUCCUGUGAUCAUUCCUGCAGUAUCUACAGUUUUAUUUAUAGAGGACCCAAAACAAAUGUCAGUGUCCUGCCCUUAUUUAAUUGUUUCUACAGAGCAUUAAUAGUUUUAUACAACAUACAGCGCUGUGAAAAAGUGUUUCAGACCAGUGUUAUUAUCAGAGAUAACCUGAGUAAAUAAAGUCAGAGUUUAAAUGAUGGUUUCAUUAUUCAGGGUAAAUCCAUCCAAACCUACCUGGUCCUGGUCCAACAGUCAUUCCCCCUAAUCCUAAUCCCUGGUUGUUCCAUCCUUGGUGUUUGUGAUAACUGUCAGUGAGUCUUUCUCAUCACUGUGGAGGAAUGUUGUCCCAUUCUUCUCUGUAGAAUAGUUCUCAUUCAGCCACAUUGGAGGGUU